AUGCCAGUCAGUUUACCCGUUCUUGGGGCGAUCGGUGUUCUCCUCUACGGCCUCUGGCAUUUUCUACAGGAUUACUUCCUCAGCUCUCCGCUCGACAAUCUUCCGGGACCCGCGUCCAGUUCAUUGCUUCAAGGACACAUUCAGGAGAUCUUUGCACGGAGAGGGUGGAAAUUCCUCAAAGACCUGUCAGAGCGGUAUGGACCUGUGACGAGGCUGCGAGGCCUUCUAGGGGCCCGGAUGCUGAUUGUGUACGACCCCAAAGCCCUCCAUAGUCUUCUGAUCAAGGACGCGGACUCAUACCCGAAAUGCUCCGCCCCGUUCGACGAAUUCAUGCUCUUCCUCGGCCCCAGCGUGCUCACGACCGACGGGGGCCAGCACCGCCGCCAGCGCAAACAGCUCAACCCCGUCUUCUCCGCCGCACAUCUGCGCAACAUGAUGCACCUGUUUUACGACAUCGCACACCGGGUCCGCAAGGCUCUAGAGCACCGCGUCGCGAGCGCCCCAAGGGGCGAUGUCGUCGACGUCAACGGCUGGAUGGCGCGCACGACGCUGGAGAUGCUCGGUCAGGCGACGCUCGGGUACUCGUUCGACAACUUCGUGGACGACUCGACGGACGCCUUUGGCGAGUCGCUCAAGGGCUUCUUCCCCACGUAUGCCCGCAUUGCGCUCGUCGGCUUUCUCAUCCCCCCGUUCUCGUAUUUUCUGCCGCAGAGGGUCUGCCGCGCGGUACUCCGCGCUAUCCCGCACGCGGAUAUCCGGAAAAUGAUGCACAUUUCGGAUACAAUGGCGCAGCGUUCGUUGGAGAUCAUCAACGAGAAGAAAAUGGCGCUGCUGAAAGGUGACGAUGUGAUGCGGGAGAAAGUUGGAGAGGGCAAGGACCUCAUGAGCAUUCUAUUGAAGGCCAAUAUGCUUGCUUCCGAGGCAGAUAGGCUGUCCGACGAGGAGCUCAUCGCGCAGAUGUCAACCUUCAUCCUCGCGGGAAUGGACACCACCGCGAACUCGCUCACGCGAAUCCUGCAUGUACUCGCGGAGCACCCGGCCGAGCAGGAGAAGCUGCGCGCGGAGGUCAGCGAGGCACGCCUCGGGAACGACAUCACAUACGAGGCACUGGAGAAGCUCCCGUACCUGGACGCCGUCUGCCGAGAAACCUUGCGUUUAUACUCCCCCGUCAACGUGAUCGGCCGCACAUCUGCCAAGGAUAUGACCCUCCCGCUGCUCACUCCCGUGAUGAGGAAGAACGGUUCGCUGGUCAGUGAGGUGGCGGUCCCGGAGCGGACUUGGAUCCUGGCGAACAUCCAGGCCAGCAAUUACAACCGCGCGCUGUGGGGUGAGGAUGCGUACGAGUGGAAGCCUGAGCGCUGGCUGAAGCCGUUCCCGGCCUCGCUUGAGGAUGCGCGCAUCCCUGGCGUGUACUCGAAUCUGCUGUCAUUUUCCGGUGGAAGCCGCUCGUGCAUUGGUUUCAAGUUCUCACAGCUCGAAAUGAAGAUCCUCCUCUCGAUUCUCCUCUCGACCUUCAAAUUCGAGACGACAGGAAGGACGGUUACAUGGAACACCUCGGGAGUCAGCUAUCCUACAAUGGGCGAGAGCAGCGACAAGCCCGAGCUGCUCCUCAAGGUUAUCAAAGUCGGAUGAAUGUCCC